AACAUUCAAAACUAGUUUAAAACUAAACGUCUGAUCAGUCUGAAGACUUGAUCCAUUGAUGUUCGUAUAGCAAGUUCAAAUCUCACUCUUUCAAUUUCGUACCACCGCUCAGCCAAUCAGUUUAGCAAGCCCGGAUUUGUUGUUAUUUUUUUUUCUUGCCUCUGCUGAAAGCUUCAAGAGCCCAAAGGUUUUUUUAUUGCGAGAUCCAAAUCUGUUAUUUUUCUGGGACUGCAUCUUUAUGGCAGAUAAUAGAUCAAGCACUCUCUAUAGCAGUUAGUUUUGGAUGCUUAUAGCAUUGUAGUGACUGUGCUAUCUACCUCAGAUUUUAUAGUAACAGCCUUUCCGAAUUUAUCCAGUUGUGUUGACCCAGAAUGCUGAAACUGUAAGUUACUGGACUCGCUAUUUGUGGCAGUUGGCUGAACCCGCUUUCGAAUCUCUCCUCCCUAACUGAUUGCACAUGGACAUGAGAAGUACACUAUUUAGCAUAUAAAGCCUGAUGAUGUCCCUGCUUCUCAUGUUAUCUAUAGUUGCAGACAAAUCGAUUGAUAUGGAAAAUGUUUUUGGCUUGGUAAGGAUUGAUUUUAGCCCAACCACGGUGUCUAUUGUUUGUUAACGCUGACGGUGGAAAUUUAACUAUAAAGGGGAAGACAAACAGAAAAUCAGAAAGAAAACCAUUUAUUUUGACCAUAUGGAGGUUUUGAUAAGUUCUGCAUAAACUGUUAUUCCGAUUCCUGUGUGAAAUGAGAUAAGGUCAGAGUUCUUUUUUAUCAGAUCAGAAAAGGGGAAAUUUUGCAGUAUCUUCUGUUCUGUUUUAAGAAUCUUUGCAAUAUCAUAUCAAUGCAUAACAAGGAGAAAAUCAUGGUGGAGAGAGAUACAGGGCGAUCUCGUGGAUUUGGAUUUAUUACAUUCUCAGAUCGCCGGUCCGUGGAUGAAGCUAUAAGGGAGAUGCAUGGGCGAGAGUUGGGGGAGCGCACCAUCUCGGUGAACAAGGCUCAACCCAAGAUGGGUGAUGAUCUUGAUCAUGGCUAUAGAGGAGGUUACCCAUCGAGUGGCAGGGGUCGUUAUGCAGGUGGAGACAGGCCUGUUGCACAAGAUGAAUGCUUCAAGUGUGGGCGCUUUGGGCACUGGGCUCGUGAUUGCCCUUCAGCUGGUGGUGGACGAGGUGGGAGUGGCGGGAUGGUCUCUUCACGUUCAAGAUAUGGUGGAGCAGAUGACCGUGGUGAUCGCUUCAGAGACCGUGAUCGGUACAUUGAUGACCGUUAUGAUGGUGGACGCUUUGGAGAUAGGGACCGUUUUGACAGCAGAGAUGACAGAUACGGAAGCCGAGAUCGUUUCAUCAGCGACAGGUAUCCGCCUAGUGGAGAUCGAUUUGCUGAUCGCUAUGGUGGUUCGGAUCGUUUCCCGCAAAAUGGCUACGGCAAAGAGAGGGGGUUUCGAGAUGUUGCUCCGAGAGGUAGCGAUAGGUAUGGAAGCGGAGGGCCAGCACGGAAUGAUGGAAGAGGGUACCGUAACAGGGCUGGCCCUUAUGAUCGUCCGGGCAUGGGAGGCCGCCGUCUUCGUUUGACCGCUAUUAAGCGAUGUCGUUAUGAUAUGUGGAGUUCUAGGCGAGAGCAGUAUGAAUGCAUAAGUACUGGUGUUUUAUCUAAUCAAUGGAAUCUGGAAUUUCUAUGAAUGGUAGGAUUUGACCAAGUUUUAAUUAAAUUAGAGAAUCCGUUCC